UGAUAGGGAAUGGACUGGCACUUCUGCCCCAGCCCGGGAUGAAGUGGAUGGUUGUCGGGUCGAGGAGGAGGGGAGACGAAUUCUGGUGGAGCCACUUAUGGAGGAGGAAGUUGAGCAGUUAGUUGAAAAGAAUCGGCAUAGUGACUGUUCUAGGCAGAUCAAUCUGGAACUUAGGUAAUCUUCAUCAGUAAUAGCUUGGAAUCUACUUAUGUUAAGCUUUCUUUUACAUGUUGCUGGAAUGAAAGGUUGGAUUUUAGAGAUUAGUGUGUGUGUGUGUGUGCGCGUUAGGGAAGAAUGGGGUCACUCACAACAUGUUGGAUGACAUUCACAAUCAUUGGAAGAGGGCUGAAGCGGUAAGGAUCAAGUGUUUGGGAGUGCCAACUCUUGACAUGGACAAUGUCUGCUUCCACCUUGAGGUUUGAACUGAUAACAGUCUCCCAUCAGUUGGAUGACGUGUUUUGUUCUUCUGGGAUUUCGGAUUAUUAUUAGCUGAUCUAGAUAGUAGUGUUUCUGUAGUAUAAAUCUGGGGGGAAGAUCAUCUACCGCAACAUAAAUGUCCUCCUUUUGUAUCGUGGUCGAAACUAUGACCCCAAGAACCGACCAGUCAUACCUCUUAUGCUGUGGAAGCCUUAUGCUCCUAUAUAUCCGAAGCUUGUGAAGAAUGUUGCUGAUGGCCCGACAUUUGAAGAAACCCAAGGAAAUGAGAAACAGAGGACUACACUCUCCCGCUCUUAUGAAACUUGAAACAAUGCAAAAACUCCUCUCACGUCCAUUCUCAGCCUCACCAAAACCUUGUUUCUCUUGUUUCUUCUCCCAUUCUCUCUCCAAAAGCACUUAUGACCCUCCAUUUUCCCUUAUUUCCAAACCCUCAAAACCUCCAAACUCCAAACCAAAGCCACUCGAUUCUAACAAUCAAACCUCGUCACCUCUCAAGUCAAACCUCCCAUUUGACUUUAGGCAGUCGUACUCCGAAAUCGACCCCAGCCUUGAGCCCAUUGGGUUUCGAGAACCCAAAAGGUUUUCUCCAUUUGGGCCGGGCAGGCUUGACAGGGAAUGGACUGGGACUUCCGCUCCGGCUCGGGAUGAAGUGGAUGGUCGUCGGGUCGAGGAAGAGAGGACACGGGUACUAGGGGAGCCACUUAAGGGGGAGGAAGUUGAGCAGCUGGUUGAAAAGUAUCGACAUAAUGAUUGUUAUAGGCAAAUCAAUCUGGGGAAGAAUGGGGUCACUCACAACAUGUUGGAUGACAUUCACAAUCAUUGGAAGAGAGCUGAAGCUGUAAGGAUCAAGUGUUUGGGAGUGCCAACUCUUGACAUGGACAAUGUCUGCUUCCACCUUGAGGAUAAAUCUGGGGGAAAAAUCAUCUACCGCCACAUAAAUGUCCUCCUUUUGUAUCGUGGUCGAAACUAUGACCCCAAAAAUCGACCAGUCAUACCUCUUAUGCUGUGGAAGCCUUAUGCUCCUAUAUAUCCGAAGCUUGUGAAGAAUAUUGCUGAUGGCCUGACAUAUGAAGAAACCAAGGAAAUGAGAAACAGAGGACUCCACUCUCCUGCUCUUAUGAAACUUACAAGGAAUGGCGUGUAUGUAAAUGUAGUGGUAAGAGUCAGGGAGGCCUUCCAGACUGAAGAGGUAGUUAGACUAGACUGCACCCAUGUUGGUACCAGUGACUGCAAAAGGAUAGGUGUGAAGCUAAGGGACUUGGUUCCCUGUGUACCCAUUUUAUUCAAGGAUGAACAGAUUAUACUCUGGAGAGGAAAGAGAGAUCAAGAACUGAAUUCUGAUAUUUCGGAUGCCAAUGUAAAAUCUCUGGAUACGUAGUUGAGGUUGCAAUGUGGGCAAGACUAGAUCAUUGCUACUUGUAAAUUUCUAGCUCAUUAGCUUUUCCAAUCAUUAUUAUUAUUAUUAUUAUUAUCUUAUAAUAUGACAAGCUGUUGGUAUAUCUGACCAUAAUUCAGUAAUCCAGUGAUCAUGGAUCCCAAAAGACAUUUAGAACUUUAACUCAUGAACCAUUCUGUCAAUUCAUUUUUUAUUAUGAAUAUAUUUUCCCCUCUUGAUGUUA